UUAAUUAUAUUUUUCCAUUCCGAUUGCUGUAGUAGUUCCCAAUCACUGCCUGCUACUUACUACAGGUGAAGUUUUCCACACAUGUGUACUUAUAUGGAAGCAGAACUGGAUUAAUUCUGAAAAAUAUUCACCAAAAAUAAAAAAAAAACGACCUUUCCCCAUUCCGAUUGCUGUAGUAAUUCCCAAUCACUGCCUGCUACUUACUACAGGUCAAGUUUUCCACACGUGUACUGAUUAUUUAAUAGACAUUUUCCAUCUCUUCUUCAAAUCACCAAUCUUUAAAAUAUUUUAAAUAUCUUUUAUAAAUGAGCAGCAUUUGACAGCGAGAAGAGAAUACGUUCAGUGAGAACCAAAUGUUUGCCUACCAUGUUUCCAAGGGAAGAACAUACUGCCGUACAAUACAUGGCGCCACAGAUGUAUGGAUUCGGUCUGUGAUGACGUUGCUGUGACUGAAGUGGACUAUGUGUGUGGAACAGAUGAGAUGAUCCUUGCCAAAUCUACUCAGCUCUCCCUUCUCUCCUGGAGAAGAUUUCAUUCAGCAACCUGCUUCUAUUUUUCAAACCACCACAGUUGCAGGAAGACAGACAUACUAAGCAAGGUUUCUGGCCAAGUGGAUAGAUGUUUGUUUAAUGCAACAUUUCACAGCCAAAGCUCAUGGCCACGUCAGCUGGCUGAACGGGACUCAGGUCCCAGAGGCAGACGACUGUACAGCCUGUCUGCUGCUGGGAUUGUGAACUCUGCUCCAGUGUCCGUGCAGCCUUACCUCAGACUCAUGAGGAUGGACAAACCAAUUGGUACAUGGCUGCUGUACCUUCCCUGCACUUGGAGCAUUGGGCUUGCAGCUGACCCUGGCUGUCUACCAGACCUGGCCAUGUUGACACUCUUUGGCACAGGGGCCCUGCUGAUGCGGGGGGCUGGCUGCACCAUCAAUGACAUGUGGGACAAAGACUUUGACAAGAAGGUGUCUAGGACAGCUAGCCGGCCGAUUGCCUCAGGAAAGAUUUCACAGCUGCAGGCUUUGACUUUCCUGGGAGUCCAGCUUACUGCAGCACUAGGGGUUCUACUCUGCCUCAACUAUUACAGUAUAGCCCUGGGUGCUGCUUCAUUGUCCCUUGUGGUCACCUAUCCUCUGAUGAAGAGAAUUACAUACUGGCCACAGCUUGUGCUGGGUCUUACCUUUAAUUGGGGAGCCUUGCUGGGCUGGUCAGCUGUGAUGGGGUCCUGUGAUUGGUCCAUAUGCCUGCCACUCUAUUUCUCAGGCGUGAUGUGGACUUUGAUAUAUGACACCAUCUAUGCCCAUCAGGACAAGGCUGAUGAUGUCGUUGUUGGGGUAAAAUCCACUGCCUUGAGGUUUCAGGAGCAAACCAAGCUGUGGCUCAGCGGCUUCACGGUGGCCAUGCUGGCUGGGUUGGUCCUGACAGGGAUCAACGCGGAGCAGACCCUGCCGUACUAUGGAGCAGUGUCUGUGGUGGCCGUUCACCUUGCACAUCAGAUGUACACUUUGGACAUCAAUAAGCCAGAAGAUUGCUGGAAGAAAUUUGUUUCCAAUCGUAAUUUAGGACUUCUCUUAUUUUUAGGAAUAGUCGUUGGAAACUUGUGGAAAAAAGAAAUUAUAUUUUAAUAUAAAAUGAGGAGACUGAUAAGUGAAUGGAAUUGUGAAUUGUAUGCAAGGUGUUGUUGUUUAACAUUAAUAUGUCACUCUGUAGGUUUGGUAAUGGUAUACAAUUGAAUCAAGUCCUCCUGCUUUCUUCUUGUAAUGUAGAAGACUGACCGUUAGGUAGAGGCAGCAGAGCACACAGAGGGUUUAAUCAGACUGAGAUUGUAAUGAUACUUCUGUAUCAUUUUAUCAAUUAUUUAUAACUACAAUUAGCUAUAGAGCACAAAUAGGAGCAAAAAUAUGAGAUUUCACAUAGUUACAACUCUGAAAAUGGCCAAAAAACAUGAAUGUGUAGGUAUGAAACUAACCAAGGUUGUCAUGUUUUUUUGAUUUUAAGUUUGUACCAUUGAAAGAAUUCCUACUCAGACAAGUUCCAGACUUCUGGAAGAGGGUUAAUGAGGAUGUGCAAGUACACCAGGUACAGCAAAGCAGGAAAAAAAUUCAAUAAAUGUGAGUCACACAGUGUUGUGCUAAUGCAUGGACCAAAUGGUUGCCUGUGGAAUGAAAUUUCUAAUUACAUGUAAAUGAGCCCUCCUGAGACACCAUAUUCCAUUGUCUGUAAAUGAGUUUAACUUACUGUAUGAGAAGGAGAUCAUACUUUAAAUAUUUCUUAAACUGUUUUGUGAGGCCUUGUAAUUAUUUUGACCUGCAGGGUUAGGAUUCAGACUGUUAUUCUACAGUAGCACCAACAGAUGGUACUGUUGAGUAAUUAAUACAUAUAAAUGUACAGUUAUGUAGAAUAGAUAUAAAUAAAUGUC